AUGGAGUUUAUUGCCGCCCAGGCAUUCCUUGACGAGAAGCAUGAGGGUCCUGAAGCACUAGCUCACAAUAACAACAACAUCUAUGCUUUAGGACGAAUUGGGAAACACAAUGUGGUCAUGGCUGCCCUGCCAAAGUCCUCGUAUGGAACCAUUUCUGCCGCGGUGGUGGCACGGGAUAUGGUGCACAGUUUCCCGAAUAUCCGAAUUGGCUUGAUGGUGGGCGUUGGCGGCGGCGCGCCCAGCCGAAAACACGACAUCCGACUAGGUGAUGUCGUGGUUGGCUGUCCUAGCGGCAACAUUCAGUACGAAUACGGCAAGACGAUCCAGAACCAAGCUUUCGUGGAGAUAGGCCACCUAAACCAGCCACCUCAGUCUCUAUUGACAGCUGUGGGGGGCCUUGAGGCAGAGUAUGGCUUAGACGGUCAUCGAAUCAAUGAGGACAUCGAGAACGUGUUGAAUCGGCGACCACGGCUCCAUAAAACCCAUUCAUUGCCUAUAUCCAGGGCAGACAGGCUAUAUAAGUCUGAUUUCACCCAUCCACCAACUUCGUCGACAGAUUGUUCCGAGACCUGUAGCACUGCUCAUCUUGUUCCUCGACACGAACUUAUAGAUGACGAAGACAAUCCUGCCAUCCAUUAUGGCAUGAUUGCUUGUUCAAAUCAUUUCAUGAAGGACGCUACGAAAAGGGACAAGCUAUCCUCUGAGAUAAAUGUGCUCUGCUUUGAAAUGGAAGCUGCUGGCUUGAUGAAACAUUUCCCUUGUCUGGUGAUCCGUGGAAUCUGCGAGAACGCGGAUACGCAUAAGAAGAAGGCUUGGCAACGGUUCGCAGCCAUGACAGCCGCAGCAUAUGCCAAAGAUCUUCUUUUUCAGCUUGUUCCAAGCAGGAUUGAGCUUGAAACACGACGUGCGAAGCAAAUUGAGGGCAUCCGGAAGUGGCUUGAUCCUCCCGAUACGUCCGUCAACAUUAACAACGCACGAAGUCUUCGUCAUAAAGGCACAUGUCGAUGGAUCUUUCAACUUCAAGCUCUUCAAGAAUGGAAUUCUGGAUCACGGCAGCACCUAUGGCUACAUGGCCUAGCUUCAUGCGGCAAAACAAUCCUCAGUACUACUCUACUCGAUUUUCUCUUGUCUGAAGGCGAUAGAGUUGUUUUGCAAGACAAAGCCGACGGCAUGUUCAGAUGGGAAGGAUGCCAGCUGGACGCGCUGGAAGGUUGCCUCAAUCUGGAAGAAAUCGAAGAGGCCUUAAAGUCUCUUCCUAGGGACUUGAACGAAAUGUAUUGCCGGGUUCUCGAAAGCAUCCCGAAACCCCGAAAAGACAAAACCAUACUUUUUCUACAGUUUCUCCUCUAUUCCGAAGAACCUCUUACCUUGACUCAGGCAGUUGAUCUGCUUGCUAUUCGACAGCAAGGAUUCAAUCCGAUUUACAGAAUGCCAGACCCGACAGGAAUUCCUCUUUAUUGUCCUAGUCUCGUGUCAGUCAUUGAGGUUGAUCUAGGUCCUCACGGGCAAAAUCACCAAGUGAUUCAGUUGGCCCACUUCUCUGUGAAGGAAUUUCUACUCGGAUGUCAUUGGGAAGAGUUUCGUCUCAUCAAUGCGAGUAUCAGUAUGACGCACAAACUUCUAGUGUAUCUCAUGAGGUCUCCGAAGAUUCCGUUCAACCGACCUAGUAGCGAUGAUCUUUACCCACAGGCGGCACAAUGGACGACAUACGCCCAACUAGCCGAAAGUGUAGAGAAUAUUGCCCAGGAAGCAGCCGAAUUUUUUCAAAAUGACAAGUAUCUCCAGCGUUGGGUGGACACGUCGCGUCUGUUUGAGGAGGGGGGUGAAACAGAUAAUUACAUGACCUCAUCUCUUGCGAUCCAAGACCUUCGCAGGACCGCCUUAUCAUGCGCAUGUGGGUUAGGGCUCCGUGAGACUACGAAAGUUUUGAUUUCUCGAGGAGUUGAUCUGGAAAUACCAGUCGAAUGUAACAUUGCUAUCUCAGCAUGUGCCUUGUCUGGACUUUUUGAUAUUGCCCAGCUUCUUUUGGACAGAGGGGUGGAUAUCAAUGCUGUCACUGAAGGAUGCAACCCUCUGCAAGUCGCAGCAGUGAUCGAUAAGCAAACUCGGUUUGGGAGCGCGCUUUUAGCAGCAACGCACAGGAGACAUACUUCAGUUGUGCGGCUCUUGCUUGAGAAGGGUGCUGAUUACGAAGUUGCGGACAACCUCCAACAAUCCAACAGCAUGGCUUUCGAAAAUACUAGGUUUAAAUACAUGAACAGACCCAAAAACGGCGAAGACCCUCUCACUGUUGCCUCGAAACUCGGUCACAUAGAGAUCGCACAGCUACUUCAGAAAUAUCGAAAGCCUUGUAACAGGCCAGGUACGUCCUGGUCUCGAGCGUUGGCGACUGCCAUUAUCAGAGACCAUUACCACAUCAUUGAAAUGUUUGUGGAAGCUGGGGCGGAUAUAAACGCACCAGUGGAGGAGUACGGCUCGCUACUGAACCUUGCGCUGGAAAAGCGUCGCCUGAAACUGAUCAUGAACCCAGAAAGAUCCAAAACUCCUGGCGUCAGAGCGCCGCGCUCCGAACCUUUCCAGCUCCCGUCUUUCCAAAAUAGUCCCAAAGUCCGUCAAAUCGUAAGCUAA